AUGGGACGGUUCACUGGAGACACCAAAGAUCCGGCCGUCAAUGUAUCGACAUGGUUCCUGCUCGUGACUGCUUCGCUGAGCGUCAUCUUCCGACUGGGGACCAAGUACGGCUCGUUCCGCACGCUCACAAACGAUGACUAUCUUAUAGUUGUAUCGCUGAUCUUCUGUAUCGGCCAAUCCAUCGCUGUAUCGAUGGCCGUCGCAAACGGAUAUGGAUACCACUACUCCACGCUUACCCCGGAGCGCUUCGACAACAUGAUGAAGUCGCAAUACGCCGCCGCGCUCCUCUACAUCCCUAGUCUCUAUUUCUCGAAAAUCUCCCUUUCAUGCUUCAUCCGCAACCUGACGCCGACGGCCAAAGACCACCGUGUCGCCAACUUGGUGCAAAUAUCGGUGACUGUGAUGGCCGUGAUAUGUCUACUGGGAACCUCCUUUCAAUGCAGCGUACCGCAGACUUGGAAUUACUACACGGGAAAAUGCAUGAACCUGAUAGCAUGGCACUAUUUUACGGGAAUCAUGAACAUUGUGACCGACACCAUGAUCACCUCACAAGCGCUUUACCUAAUCGCGCGCAUUCAAACCUCCUGGAAACGCAAGUUCGUGUUCGCUAGUAUUUUUCUAUCUCGAGUCCUAGUAAUCCUAGUCAGCAUCGUGGAACUCAUCCUAGUCUCUCAGAACGACGCAACACACGACCCUUCCUUCUCCACCUGGGGCGUGACCAUCAGCGUGGAAACGAUUCAAUGCCUCAGCAUCGUGACAGCCUGCUGGGCGCAGCUUAAACCCUUCUUGAACAUGCUCAAAUCGAACGGCCUCCGGAUCCAAGGCGUGGACUACCGAUCGACGAAUAACCGAUCGAAAUGGUCAACGACACGGUCGGCGAAUCCCACGGAGAGCAAAUUUACACGCAGCGGCGAGCACGAGUUGAUGGGCAUGGGGGCUGGACAGGGGAAUAUCACGACUGUGUCAGCAGCGAGACUGUCGGAUGAGGACAGUCAGUCCAGUCAGGCGGGGAUUAUUCGGGAGGUGAGGACGUGGGUGGUUAGUGAGGAGGUGGAGUCAUGA